AUGCCUGCAGAAUGUGUCAAAGUUAUAGUGAGAAUGCGUCCAUUUAAUUAAAGAGAGAAAGAAAAUGGAAGUAAACCAUGUGUAAUAGUGCAUGAAGAUACAAAUAGCGUUGAAUUACGAAAUGUAAUUAGUUUAUAUUUUUGAUUAAUCAGAGUCAAGAUAAUGAAGUGAAGAAUUUUACUUAUGAUUAUGUAUUUGGAGCUGAAACUCCAUAAUUAUAAAUUUACUAGAAGUCUGCUUUUAAUUUAGUUGAGUCUGUUGCUGAUGGUUACAAUGGAACAAUAUUUGCAUAUGGUUAAACAGGUACAUUCAAAUUUUAACAUAAUUAGGUUGUGGUAAGACUUUUACAAUGAUAGGAGAUCCAACGAAUGUAAAAUAUUUAUUCAUUCUUAGGAAAACAUGAAAGGAAUAAUUCCAAGAACUUUUGAUUAAAUAAUAAGCAUAAUCAACAAUAACUCAGAUUCAAAUAAGAAGUUUCUCCUAAGAUGUUCUUAUAUUGAAAUCUAUAAUGAAGAAAUUCAUGACUUAUUGAGUAAGGAUGUAAAAUAGAAAUAUGAAUUGAAAGAGGGAUAACAAGGAGUAUUCAUUAAAGAUCUCAAUAUUGCAGUGGUCAGAACAACUUAAGAAAUGGAUAAGUAUAUGUAAUUAGGAACACAAAACAGAUCUGUUGGGGCUACUGCUAUGAAUAAAGAAUCUAGUAGAAGUCAUUGCAUUUUCACAGUAUAUAUUGAAUGUUCCAUUACAGAUUCCAAAGGAAAUGAGAGAAUAACAGCAGGAAAAUUGAAUUUAGUUGAUUUGGCAGGAAGUGAAAGAUAAUCUAAAACAUAAGCAACAGGAGAUCGAUUAAAAGAAGCUACCAAAAUUAAUUUAUCAUUGUCUGCAUUAGGAAAUGUAAUCUCAGCAUUAGUUGAUGGAAAAACUUAACAUAUUCCUUAUAGAGAUUCAAAGUUAACUAGGCUGCUUCAAGAUUCCUUAGGAGGAAAUACUAAGACAAUUAUGAUUACUGCAAUUAGUCCAUCAGAUUUUAAUUAUGAUGAAACCAUGUCGAGUUUAAGAUAUGCUUCAAGAGCUAAGAUGAUUAAGAAUCAACCUAAAGUUAAUGAGGAUCCUAAAGAUGCCUUAUUAAAAGAACAAGCUGAGGAAAUUAAAAAAUUAAAAGAAUUAUUAUCAAGAUAAGCAGCUGGAUAACCUAUAUCUUUUGAAGCAUUUCAAUAAUUUAGUAAACCAGAAAACAAUAAUAAUGCAGAAUUUCUUAGAUUAAAGGAAGAGAAUGAUAGAUUAAUUAGUGAAAAGUAAGGAUUACCAUUGGUAGAACAUUCAGAAGAAAAAUUAAAGGAAUUGCAUGAAUUUAAAGAAAAAAAUAAUUAACUUUAAUAGGAAAAGGAAAAAUUUGAAUAAGAGAUGAAAGAAAAAGAAUGGUAGGCUGAAUAAGAGAGAUAGGCUAGAUAGAGAUUGGAAUAAUUACUUAAGGAAAAAGAAUAAAUGAUGGUUUAAGGUGGAAAAGGAACUGAAGAUGAUAAAAAGAAAUACAAAAAACUCAAAUUAACAAUUGAAUAAUAAAAAAAAGAACAUGAAGCUUUGAUACAAUAAUAGGAACAAAAAUAAUAAGAAAUGCUAGAAAUUGAGACUAAAUAUUAGAGCGUAUAAGAGGAAGUAGAGAAACUAAGAAAACUCAUAAAAUAUUUAAGAAAAAAGUUAGAAGAAGCUACUAUAGAAUAAAAGGAUUUAAAAUAAGAAGUAGAAUAUUAAAAGGAAGAUAUGUUAGAUACUAUAAGAAAUCAGUAGAAGGAAAUUAAACUCUAUGCAGGUUUAGUUAAGAUGAUGUUUAGUUAGAAUGAAUUAGAGACUUUAUAAGCAGCGAGUGAAUGGGAUGAAGAUGCUCAAGAGUAUAAGAUUCCUCCCUUUAAUUUUAAAGCUAAGAAAGUAAAUUUUCCAUCUCUACCAUAUAAAUAAGGUAAUACUAUAAUAAAAUCUAAGCCAUGGAUUUGAUCGAGGUAGAAAAAUCAGAACGGGUACUCGAAAUUAAUUCUAGAUAAUAAAAUAAUAAAAAUAACUUUUCAGAUUAUGAAUAGGAUGCUAAAUAAAGACUUUUAACUCCUAGAAUGCCUAAGAAAGGUAUUAAUAAUAAUAAAUAAUUAGAAACUUAAUAAAAAUAGAAUACAUCUAGUUAACCUUAAUUAGAGAGAGGGUAAUUAGUAGCUGAAAAGAUAAAAUAGAAUUAUUAAAUGCUAGAAUAAUAAGAAGGAAAACAACGUUAUCAGAGUGAUUUAGUGAACUAACAAUUUGUAGAAAAAAAAUAACAUUAAAAAAUUAUUCUUAGUCCUAUAGAUAAUAAGGAUAACUCUAUUUAAACCUAUAAUAGUUAAUAUAUUUAUAAUGGGAACGUGAAUAAUAGUAAUUUGACUUAAAUCACUCCGAAUAUGAAUAAAAAAAGUAAUUUGUUUAAUUAAAAUAGAUAUUAAUUUGUAACCACUUGAAUAAAAGCCAUUAUUGAUGUAGUAUGAUGAUUAGCAUAAAAGAAAAUAACACUAGAGAGUGUAAUAAAUUUGA